GAUUUGGGAUAAAACCAGAGCCUUCAGGUUCUGCAAAUUUUAUCACUCUUCAUGUCAUCAGGAGAAAAAGUGAUUGGUUUGUGAUCUUUUAUCUGGUUCUUUAUCCUUUUAAUCUUCUUUCACUGCAUUUAAUCUCAUCAAGACAAGAUGAUGGAGUCAAUUUCUGGAGAUGAGUAUGAAUUAGAUGAUGAACAAGAGUCACCUGCACAUGAAGAGAAGAUCUUCGUUGCAGUGAGACUUAGGCCUUUAAAUGAAAAAGAAAUUACAAAAAACGAUUUAUCCGAUUGGGAAUGCAUAAACAAAACCACUAUUGUAUACAAGAGCAACCAAUCAGAUCGACCCAUGUACCCAAACGCUUUUACUUUUGACCGAGUAUACGGGUUUGAUAGUACAACAAAACAACUGUAUGAUGAUGGAGUCAAAGCAAUUGCUCUUUCUGUUCUUAAUGGCAUUAAUUCAAGUAUAUUUGCCUAUGGGCAGACAAGCAGUGGGAAGACAUACACCAUGUCUGGAAUUACUGAAUUUGCAAUAGCAGACAUAUAUGACUACAUAAACAGGCAUAAUGAUAGAGAAUUUGUGUUGAAAUUUUCCGCCAUAGAAAUCUACAAUGAAUGUGUCAAAGAUCUUCUCAGUUCAGAUGGAACCCAACUUAGACUCCUUGAUGACCCAGAGAAAGGGACAGUUGUAGAAAAACUAACAGAAGCUAAUUUGAGAGACUGCAACCAUUUAAAGGAACUUAUCUAUGUGUCAGAAGCUGAGAGACAAAUUGGGGAGACUGCAUUGAAUGAAAUGAGUUCAAGAUCUCAUCAGAUUUUACGACUGACAGUUGAAAGUUCAGCCCUUGAUUAUAGAGGAGGUGAUAGUGGAAGAACUCUUUCAGCUACUGUGAGUUUUGUAGAUUUAGCUGGAAGUGAGCGUGCUUCUCAAACAUUAGCAGCUGGCACUCGACUCAAAGAAGGCUGUCACAUUAAUCGCAGUUUGCUAACACUAGGAACUGUUAUUCGUAAACUGAGUAAAGGAGGAAAUGGGCAUGUGCCUUAUAGAAAUUCGAAGCUAACACGCAUACUACAAAACUCUCUUGGAGGCAAUGCAAGAACUGCAAUACUAUGCACUGUGUGCCCUGCACAUAGUCAUGCUGAACAAUCAAGAAACACCCUUCUUUUUGGUUCUUGUGCUAAAGAUGUUAACACAAAUGCACAAGUUAAUGUAGUGAUGUCAGAUAAAGCAUUAGUGAAGCAGUUGCAACAAGAAUUAGCUAGAUUGGAACGUGAGUUAAAAGUUUCUCCUCCUUCGAAUGACUCUACAUCAAUAAUUAGAGAUCUUGAAAUUCAACUUGAAAAGAUGGAGGAAAAGAUGGAAGAGCUGACUGAGCAACGUGAUCUAGCUGAAUCUCGCCUUGAGCAUUUAAUGCAAGUAAAUGGAAUAGAUCGAAAUUCUUUGCCAUGGGAGGAGGAUAAGGACACAUAUGAGGCAGUUGAGCCUCCUAGAGUUGGUGCUUCAUUGCGCAUACAUGGUCAAGAAAGUCAACGCUCUCCUGAUGAAAACUCCCCUCGGAUAUUCUUGAAAGAAUAUUCCGUACCCGACCCAUAUCAAGAAACGGAUAACAUGUAUCAAAAAAUAAGAAUAAAUCCAGAAGACAUCGAGAAAACAUCAUUCACAUACGAUAAAAUCAGAAUAAAUUCAGAAGACGACUUCAAUGAAGAUCAACAUAUCGACAACACAGAUUACGAAUUCAGAAUACAUCCCGAAAGAGGUUUCAAGGAAGAUCAACAUUUCGAAAAAACACCAUUCAUAGAAGAUCGAGACUUUGAGGAAAUUUCAAUCAAUGACGAUGACGUCACCAAUGAAGAAAAGGCAAAAAUAUCAACCCUACACGAUGACGUCACUAGCGAUGAUGACGUCAUCAAUACACAAGAAAGUGAGGACAUGAAUGAGACAAAAUUAGAACAAUCUCAUUCUCCAUGUUCAUCUGAUUCAGAAGGGGUGAUCAAUGGUUUCACAAGAAGCAAAAGCUGCAACGAGUUUGCAUCAUCAGCUCCUCCAUCUGAUGAUGAAAUGGUGAUUGAGAGUAGAAACAGCAACGAAUCUGAAAAGGACUUUUCUGUAAUUAAACAAAUUAUACCAAAAUCAAAAUCAGAAGCGGAUGUUAAAACAAUAAACCUGAAAGAAGACACUCAUAAUCCUCUCACAAUCAUUGAUGAAAAAGAAACAGAAAACAGCAUCAAAUCAUCAAAUGAAGGAGAUGUUUCCGAUCACAAUUCUCCUACUGAUAAACCAAUCAGGAAACUAGAAGAUGUAUUCAAUGAUGAAAGGGAGGCUGAGGUAAAAGGUGAUGAAUCAGGAGAAGUUAAUAAUGAGGUGAUGGCUAUAACACCUUAUAAAGAUUGGUCAAUGGUGUUUGAAAAACAAAGAGGGGAUAUAAUUAAACUUUGGGAUGAAUGCAAUACGCCUUUGAUUCAUAGAACUUACUUUUUCUUGCUAUUCAAAGGAGAACAAUCUGAUUCGGUGUAUAUGGAGGUGGAGCUUAGAAGACUAGCUUUCCUGAAAAACACGUCUUCUCUUGCCACUAGUGAAAGGGCUCUUAGUCGUGAAAGAAUAAUGUUAAGCAAGAAACUCUUAAAAAAGUAUUCAUCAACGCAAAGAGACCUUAUUUUUCGAAAAUGGGGGAUUCCAUUAGACUCAAAACAUAGAAGAGUACAAUUGUCACGUUUACUAUGGUCAAAAACAAACGACAUUGAUCACAUCAAAGAGAGUGCGGAUAUGGUUGCAAAGUUAGUUGGUAUUGUUGAACUAAACCAAACGCCAAAAGAACUUUUUGGGUUAAGCUUUCUUCCUACACCUGACCACAUUAAGACCUCCUUUUGGAAAGCUAGCAUCUCCUUUACAUAGCUAUGUUUCAUUUUUAUAUGAAAAACUAAAAUUUUUGUUGUAAAUAAUUACUAUAAGAUCUUUUCGAUCGCGUAUAAUCUUGUACAUUACAUAUAGAUAUGUGAUUUGAGGUGGAAAAUUGAGCCGAAAAGUUUCUUGAUUGGA